AUGCGAUUGUUUCAUUUUGCUAUUAUAGCACUUUUAGCUUCAUUCAUUUAUUGCGAAGAACAGAUAUUGGAUCCAGCUGCUCCACUCGCGUGCAACAACUUUUAUGAAUAUGUUUGUGAAAAGAAAAUUCCCAGAAUUCCAUCACGUGUGAGAGAUGUCCGUUGGCUGGAAUUGUCGGACGAUAUUGAUCAAUACCAAGACUACGUUUUCCAAACUGCUCAAAAACAACGGUUCUGGGAUGUUGCUAAUCCCGAUAUCAUUUCCAAAUGGUUGGUGCAAUUUGACACGUACUGGAAUGGUGUCAAAUGGACAGAACAUGUGAAGAGACAUGAGGAUUUUCUGACUUUUGAUUAUCCCAAGAAAAGAGAAUCUCUCGAAAAAUACUUCGAGCCUUACAACUUCAUGACUUUGACAAGAUUCUACAAAAGUUUGAAGCAAUCUGUGGAGAACUUGGAAGAUCUCAAAGUUCCAAUUUCCACUCACAACCAUUUUUACCACAGCAUAUUUGAUGAGAUUCGAGAUAUUCAUAUCUCUCAAAUCAGAUCCAACUCAAAAUAUAACGAAGAUCAAAAGAAUGUGUUGAUCGACAGAGUGAAGAAUCUUAAAAUAAUUUUCCCAUAUUUGGAGUACAACAAUCUCACAGUUUGGAGAGAAGCCAAGACUGCAUACGAGAAGGAAUAUUACAGAUUGAAGACGGUUGUUGAUGAAAAAAAUAUUCCCGCUGAAGUUGUCGAGAAACUGAUUCGUGUAGCUGCUGUGAACCCAGCUAUGGAAAUUUUUGAGAAAUACAUAUCUACAUUCACCUCUAGAUUUGUUUUCCAACAUGUUUCUGCUGCUGCCGCAAUGCUUUCGUUCAACUACCAAAACGAGAUUCAUAUUUCUGUUUUCACAAUGUUCAACCCAGUUGCUGAUCCACAAGCUGUGUACAACCAGUUCUUGUAUGUUUUGUGUCAUGAACUCCAGCACGUGCAUUACAACGUUGACCCGCCACCAUUCGAACUUUCUACUUGGGAGUCUGAGAAAAAAUGUGUUGUUGAUCGACUUGACUAUUAUGCAAAUGCUUAUAAGGCAAAUAGUACAGAAUGGACAGGAGCACCAUUCUCAUAUGAAGAUAGUGCUAAUGUGUCAGGACUACGCUUGAUGCUUCUUUAUAUCGCUCAAAGAACUUCAGAUAGUAAUGAGAUCCGUGACACUGUUGAGAGAUCUGUUGGACGAUUCUGUACAAAGAAACGAGAAAAUGUGUACCAUAACCCUCAUGAUGUCUCUAUCAAUGUCGCUGUUUCCCAAAUGCCAACAUUCAAUGCGUUAUACAAUUGCACACCAGGAGAAAGAAUGUAUGUUGCCCCGGAAAACUACUGCAAAGCCUUAAACAUGGAUAUCGAUGUGAAUGAUUACACCACACAGAAGAUAGAGAAGGAUGAUUUAUUUGUACUCACUCAGUUCAUGGAUGUUCUUGAAAACACAGCUGACGAGUUGGAUGCUGCCAAUAUCACAGCAUUUGAAGGGAAGUUAUUUGAUAUAACAGUGGAAGAUGUUGAGGAAAAAGAAGAGCAGUUGGAAGGAAGUGCAGAGAGUUCAGAGUCAUCAGAGAGUUCGCAAUCUAGUGAAGAACACGAGAUGGAUGAAGUUUCUAAAGAACUGGAUUAUGGUGACGAGGAAGCAGAGAAAGCGGAAAUUGUCUCUUCCAGCAGAUUUUCAUCAUCCAGUCUCUUGGCUACUGUUACGAUCAGCCCGACUUUGAACCCAUGCAAUGAUUUCUAUGACUAUGUUUGCGCAAAAGACACACGAUCAAUCAGUAAUUUGACGUUUACGAGUAUGGACCAGGAACUAGAAAUACAGAUGCCUGAUGAUAACACCACUAUCGCAAGUAAUGGUACUUUCAUUCAGCUAGACAAAUUAGUCAAACUAACAAGAGUGAUGAAGUGGUGUACGGAAAUCGAAGUAUUGUUCACAGGAGUUUUCACAGUGGACUAUUUUGGAGAUCUCUAUUCUGACAAUAAAAUGGUACAUUCUGCAAGAUACACGGCUGUGAUUGCUAGGUUGGAAGAAAUUAAUGCCACAAUGAUCAAUAUUUUCUACAAUGCACUUCACGCGAAUAUUGAAAUUUUAAAACAAAUUAACUUGCCGGUGACCGAAAGAAAUGAAUUCUUACAUUGGUUAUUUGAUACUCUGAAGAAUAACACUCUGGAUGAAAUUCAGAAAUCUGGUAUAUCUGACAAUGCAAAAAAGUCACUUAAGAAAGGAAUCGAGAUGUCUAAAAUUUUCUUUGCAUUCUACGAUUCAAACAAUAUAACGAUGUUUGAAAAAUCAAAAUUAGUAUACGAAACAGAAUAUUAUCGUUUGCGAAAUUUGUUAUCACCGGGAGAUCUCUCAAAUCCGAAUGCAGGAAAAAUACUACGUCUAGGUGCAAUAGAUGCUGCAAUGGAGGAGUUAGCAAGACACAUUACAAAAUAUGAUAUACGUUUUCUGUUCCAAGCGAUCGUAGCCAACCCGACCAAUGAUGCGUUCCAGUAUCUGAACAACAAUCACAUAACAGUGAUAACUCGUAAUGAUCUACACCAGCCUGAAAAAGCAAUGGCUGAUACAAUGUUUGUAACGACACAUGAAAUAAUGCAUCACCUCUAUCCUUAUGGAGCUUUUCUAAUAAAAUCCAACACUACAAAUUCAGCGAUGCAAUGUGCACGGAGGGAAGUACAGUUUUUGGGAGAAACAGAUGCCGUGAAACCGGAAAAUGGUUGGUUUAAUGCUGAAAUUGCUCAUGAAGAUGUUGUGAACAUAUUAGCAAUGAGAGUAGUAAUGAAAAUAGCUGCAAGCAAAUCUAUAAACAAUAAACAGAUGAAAGAAGCACUUGAAACAAUAAUUGGUGGUCUAUGUAAACAGUCCGAAAGAAAAAACCAACCAAUUCCUCACCACCAUCCUUUGGAAAUCUCUCUGAACACUGCAGUCCGCCAAUAUCCAUUAUUCAGUUCCUUGUAUGGAUGUCGAGAAGGGGAUAGAAUGUUUGCUAAAUCAGAUGAGUUCUGUAAGCCAUUGGGAGACAUUGUGAAAAUGGAAGAUUAUGCAGUCAAAAGUAAUGCAGUAAACAAAGAUGUUGGAGGUUUUUUCAAAGAUUUAAUGAUUACUUCAAAGAGUUUCAAUUUUACUUACGGAGUAUGA